AUUAUUUUUAAGGCGUUUUGGCUCUCUGACAGCUCAAAUUAAAGUUGACUCCUUUUUUACCACUCAAGUCUCAUUCUCAUUCUUCACUUGAACCAGAAUAAAACCACAGAAAGAGAGAGAACAGGGUAAGUAAAAUCAGAGAAUUUUCUCAAUCAAUGUCAGCUUCAAUGGCUGCAACAUCAACAUCAUCAGCAACAGCUACAACGUUUAUAAAGUGUGUCACUGUUGGCGAUGGAGCUGUGGGCAAAACUUGUCUUCUUAUUUCCUACACCAGCAACACGUUCCCCACUGAUUAUGUUCCAACAGUGUUCGACAAUUUCAAUGCUAAUGUUUUAGUCGAUGGUAAAACUGUCAAUCUGGGUCUCUGGGAUACUGCUGGUCAAGAAGACUACAAUAGGGUUAGACCAUUGAGUUACAGAGGAGCAGAUGUUUUCAUUCUUGCCUUCUCACUUAUUAGCAGGCCUAGCUUUGAGAACAUUGCUAAAAAGUGGGUACCCGAGCUGAGACAUUAUGCCCCGACUGUGCCUAUUGUUCUUGUGGGAACCAAAUCAGAUCUAAGAGACAACAUGCAGUUCCCAAAGAAUUAUCCAGGUGCUUGCACAAUCUUCCCAGAACAGGGUCAAGAACUAAGAAAGGAAAUAGGAGCAUUAGCAUACAUAGAGUGCAGCUCAAAAGCACAAAUGAACGUAAAAGCCGUGUUUGAUGAAGCGAUCAAAGUAGUUUUACAUCCUCCUUCAAAGACUAAGAAGCGAAAGAGAAAGAUCGGUUUAUGCCAUGUUCUUUGACUAGUGUACUCAAGUCUCUGGCUUUGGUUUGUUUUACAUCUUUUUUAGUGUGUUUCUUCUAUGAAGGACUCUUGCAGAUUUUAGUAUGAUUAGCUAUCUUCGUUAUAAAAGUUUGAUCUUGUAGUAGAGAUUCUUGUAACAGAAUUAUAAGCGAAUUCUCGUCUAUCAGUCUAUGUAAAAGAACAAUGUUUGUCUUCUUUGAGUUCAAGAGACAACAACAAAGAACCGUUUUAGCGCAAAAAGAAA